AUGGGGAAGAUUCUGCAGAAGAAAAAGAACCGUUCGGGCCUCUCCAAGGCCCGACCGAAGAACAACCGUCUCAAGAGCGGUAGCAAGAAGAUCAAUGUGCUCGGAAACGCCAUCAUCGCUGAGAACUGGGACCGCGACCUGACUCUCACGCAAAACUACCGGCGGCUGGGCCUAAUCCACAAGCUCAACGCCCCGACUGGCGGCAGCGAACGACUGCCAGGACAAGAAGAUCCCGCCGAAGCGUCGACAUCGCUCCACAUCAACGGCAGCGCCAAAGCAGCCUCGCAGAUCAAGCUCGGCGAAACCAAGGUCGAGCGUGAUCCGGAAACCGGGAAGAUUCUGCGGGUGAUCCGUGAGGAAGACGAGAUUGAGGUUGCGGGUCACAAGCGACGCCGCGCGAAUCCGCUCAACGACCCUCUGAACGACCUCUCCGAUAAUGAAGAUGAGGAUGCCCCCGCGUCGGCGGCUGCGGACUCGGUGAUCAUUCAGCAGCUUGAGCGCCAGGCGGAUCGAGAGGGCGAGACUGUCAAGGCCAAGAAGCCUCGGCAUCUGAGCGCGCGUGAGGAAGAAUGGGUUCUGCGCUUGGUGGAGAAGCAUGGCGACAAUAUCUCGGCCAUGGUGCGCGACCGCAAGCUCAAUCCGAUGCAGCAAAGUGAGGGCGACUUGCGGAGGCGGAUCAACAAGUGGAAGAAAAGCCAAUUGUGA